AUGAAACCUCACUUGAAGCUGUGGAGACGACGAACUCUUUGUGGGAUGUUUGCUUGGGGGAUCCUCUUCCUGGCGAUUUUCGUUUACUUCACUGACAGCAACCCUGCUGAGCCUGCACCCAGCUCCUUUGCCUUCUUGGAGACCAGGAGGCUCCUGCCCAUGCAGGGGAAGCAGAGGACCAUCAUGGGUGCCAUGCAGGAGCCAUCCUCACCAGAAAGUGUGGAGGCAAACAAGGGGCUGCCAGAUGGACACGCCACAGGGCCUCACUAUCAGCAGAAAUGGACCCAGGUGCAAAGUGGAGUUAAAAAUAAAGACGAGUUCUUUUCAUCCCAGAUUGGGAGAAAAUCUCAAAGUACUUUCUACCCAGAGGACAACAACUACUUUUUUGCUGCUGGUCAGCCAGGGCCUCGCAGCCAUACUCAGGGUGCAUGGGAGUCGCAUUUCCUCAGACACCCUGGCAGGUGGGAGGGGUUAUCGAUGGUGAAGAAAAGGCACCUGCAUCAGAGGAACAGCCAUUUGCUGGAGGAGGAGAAUGAUGGAGACAGAUUGUAUUCCUCAAUGUCUAGAACCUUCCUGCACCAGCUGUGGAAGGGAAACAUUUCCUCCAAGAUGCUCAACCCGCGCCUGCAGAAGGCAAUGAGGGACUACAUGACCACUAAUAAGCACGGCGUGCGUUUCCGCAGGAGGCGUGCGACGGGGCGGAGCCGGGGGGCUUUGCUGUGCUCGCUGCAGCGCCGGGUGCGAGUGCGCACGCUGGAUGGCACAGAGCCCCCCUUCUCUGCGCUGGGCUGGCGGGGUCUGGUGCCUGCAGUGCCACUCAACCAGCUGCACCCACACGGCUUGCGCUCCUGCGCCGUGGUCAUGUCUGCUGGUGCCAUCCUCAACUCCUCCUUGGGGGAGGAGAUAGAUUCUCAUGAUGCAGUUUUGAGAUUUAAUGCUGCUCCUACACGUGGCUAUGAGAAAGAUGUUGGAAAUAAAACCACUGUGCGCAUCAUUAAUUCCCAGAUUCUGACCAACCCCAACCAUCACUUCAUUGAAAGUUCAUUGUAUAAAGAUGUCAUUUUGGUGGCUUGGGACCCUGCUCCUUAUUCUGCAAAUCUUAACCUGUGGUACAAGAAGCCAGAUUACAACCUAUUUACUCCAUAUGUUCAGCAUCGUCAGAGAAACCCAAAUCAGCCAUUUUACAUUCUUCAUCCUAAAUUUAUAUGGCAGCUUUGGGACAUUAUCCAGGAGAACACUAAGGAGAAGAUUCAGCCCAACCCACCAUCUUCUGGCUUCAUUGGAAUCCUCGUCAUGAUGUCCUUGUGCAGUGAGGUGCAUGUGUAUGAGUACAUCCCAUCCAUCAGGCAGACAGAGCUCUGCCACUACCACGAGCCCUACUAUGAUGAAGCCUGCACACUGGGAGCAUACCACCCACUGCUCUACGAGAAGCUGCUGGUGCAGCGCCUGAACAUGGGUGCCAGGGCUGACCUGCACCAUAAGGGGAAGGUGGUCCUGCCAGGGCUGCGGGCUGUGCACUGCGCCACCCCCAGCUCGUGA